AGCAGAUUUGGCAAUGAGCAAGAAAAUCUAUACGAGAAGAGAACCUGUGAGCGAGAGAUGAAAGAUGGCUUCUCUGUCUCUGCUGGAACUCUGUCUCCUCUCUCUUACAUGGACAACAGCUGGGGUUCAGUCACCAGAUCAUCUGGUGAUGUUCUCCCUCCCUAUGGUCAGUAUUUCUUUGCCAUGUGGGAUUUCCUCUAUUAAAUCCUGUUCCUCUGUUAACUGGAGCGUGGUUGAAGGGUUUGGUUCGGCUGCUGAGGUGGUGAGAGCUGGAAGAGUGAGCGCUCCAAACGUCCCCAGGUUGGGCCUGCUGCAGGACUGCUCUCUGGAGAUCAACCGCCCUGUGCUCAGCGAUGCACAGCUUUACUCUUGUGACAGUGGAGGUCUCAGGUCAAGUGUUUCCCUUCGGAUUCUCCAACUUACUGAGAGACCGGCUCCUGCAGAGGGCACAGUGGAACUUCAGUGUUUCCUCAACACAUAUAAAGGAUACGUUGCAUGUGACAACCCAGAGUUGCACAUCACGUGGACUGCUGAGGAUAACACUCCGAUAAAUGGAAACAGAUUUCACUUUGAAAAACUCUCUGAUUGUUUCUCUAAACUGAUCAUCAAGAAGAAACUGACGGACCACCUCAGAAAAUGGAGAUGCCAAGUGACUCAGAACGACGUUGUUAAAGCCUCCAUCAGUCACACAACAACAAUAACAGAUGGUGUAGAGGAAGUGUUCGCUGCAGUGGGUGAGUCAGUGUCACUCUCCUGCAGCAGCACUUCCUCUCUCGGUGUCAGUGGCAGCAUGAGGUGGGCAGUGGGUGGAAGACCCCUCACACACAAUAACUCACGUGAAAAGGACCAAUCAGAGGCCUUUCAUUUGAACAAAGACUCGUCACUGCUCAUCGGUGAAGUGACGGCUCUGAAUGCAGGAGACUACCAGUGUUCAGAGGCCGCUGAUGAGAAAAAGGUUUUAAACAAAAUCAGACUGCACACCCUCGAUGUUACUUCACAGUGCGGAGCAGACGGACAUAAUCUCACCCUGACGUGUGUGCUAACCUGCACUAACACAUGUGACAAAGACUUUAAUUUAACCUGGUCUGGUGAGGGCCAAACUAUCUGGCAGAGUGGUUUGAUAAACCACAGUAACACUCUCAUAAACACACUAAUUCUCCCAGUUUGUUCUCGGAGCUCGGCUGAAAUAAAAUGCUCUGUGCACAGAGAGGGUGUCGUGAUGGCAACAAAGGAGUGGGGCUCUGUCAGCUCUUUGCAGACGCCUGCAUGGUUAGUCCUUCCUCUGGGCCUCGGGAUGUGUGUAGCUGCUGGAGGAGUCUACUUUAAGAGGAAGCGCAAGGAUGCAGCACAUGAACAGUCAAGUAUUGGAAUGACUAACGUGUAUGAGGAUGUAAAUAAUGCGGAACUACAACAGAAAGAAGAAUCCAACAGAGAAGCAGCCGCCGCCACUGAAAGUUUCUAUGAUAUAUUACAAGCUGUGAACUAGAUCCUUUUAUUGUUUGUGUUUUUGUCCCUAUUUUAACCUAAAUGAAGAAAUUUCACAACCAUCAAUGAAAUAAAAAACAAGUUUUCAAA